GGAUUUAAUUUUUCAUUUAAAUUCGGUUACCGAUAAUGUUACCAAGGUUUAGUAAUAAUUACUUACAGGUAUCAUAAAUGAUACAAUGAGAAAUUGUUAUGGUAAUUAGCAUUUCUUUGUGUGGAAUUAGAUAUUUAUUUAAACAAGUACAUAUUUUUAAACCUUACAAGUUCAAUCAAGACAUCAGUAUGUCAAGAAAAUGUUAUCUGGUACAUCUGGCUAAUAAAAUAAGAAUUCAUUUACCGAAUGGUAAGUUAACAAAAGUAGGCCGCAGUCUAGAAACCAAAGUGGAUGAUGUUUAUGUUUCAAAAGAACAAAUUGAAUGUAUAGCUGAUACUGAUUCAUGUAUAGUAAAAAUAAAACCAGUUGGAAAGUCUAUUUGUGGUGUGGAUGGAUAUGCUGUGGUCAAGGAUAAGACAUAUACAUUGGGACCUGGUCAUGUUAUAGAAUUCCGUUUGGGAUUUCAUCCUUUUGAAAUUGUUUUUGAAUCUCUAGAAGAAAAAAUGGAACAAACUGCUAAGAGACCAAAAUUAGAUGUUAUUUAUGCAGAACCAAAUAAUAGUGCCUUUUUUAAUGGAGCAGGUAGAUGGGAAGAUAUUGACCAAAGAGAAUUACUGAUUUUUACUCCAGACAAUAUUCAGAGUCAAAAUAAAAUAGCAGCAUUUGAUAUAGAUGGUACAAUUAUUAAAACAGAAUCAGGUGCAAGAUUUCCUAAAAAUUUUGAUGAUUGGAUUAUGAAUUUUAGUGAAAUUCCUUCAAAAUUACAGAAAUUGUACAAUGACAAUUUCAAAAUUGUGUUUUUCACAAAUCAGUCUGGUGUUGGGAAAGAUGCAUCCAAAGUAAAGGAAUUCAAAAGAAAAAUUGAAAAUAUUUUAAAAAAAAUCGCUUUACCCAUCCAAGUCUACAUUGCUCUUGGGAGAUCCAAAUAUAGAAAACCUAUACCAGGAAUGUGGGAUAUGUUAAAAAACCAAAAGAAUGAUAAUAUUAAAAUAAAUCUUAAUCAAUCUUUUUAUGUUGGAGAUGCUGCAGGAAGAGAACUACAUUGGGCACCAAAAAAACCAAAGGAUCAUUCUAGUGCUGACCGUCUAUUUGCAUUAAAUAUUGGAAUAAAGUUUUAUACUCCUGAAGAAUAUUUUACAAAAAGUCGAUCUGCACCAUUUAAAAUGCCAGAAUUUGAUCCUAGAAAACUAAGUUCUGGAAAUCUUCCUACUUUCGACUAUGAAACCCCAAAUGUAAUUAUUAUGGUAGGUGGCCCAGGUUCUGGUAAAACCCAUUAUUGUAAAAAUCAUAUAGUGCCGAAAAACUAUGUCCACAUUAAUAGAGAUACUGUAGGAUCAUGGCAAAAAUGUGUUAAACUAUUAGAAGAAUCUCUUCAACAAAAGAAAAACUGUGUUGUUGAUAAUACAAAUGUGGAUAAAGAAUCAAGAAAAAGAUAUAUAGAUGUUUGUAAAAAAUUUGGAGUGCAUUGUAGAUGUUUUAUCAUGAUGACAAGCUUUGAACAAUGCAAGCAUAAUAAUAGAUUUAGGGAGUUAACAGAUAAAUCUCAUCAAAUGGUCAGUGAAAUUAUUAUUAAUAGUCUAAGAAAAAAUUAUCAAGACCCAGUAAUGACUGAAGGUUUUUAUGAAAUGGUUUUUAUUUCAUUUGUUCCAAAGUUUAACAGUAGUGAAGAUGAAAAACUGUAUAAAAUGUUUUUAUUAGAAAAGUAAAACUACUUAAUUAAACUAUUACCUUUUAUUUUUUUUUGACAUUACUCUUUGAUAUUAACAGGGCUACUAAUUUUUUCUAUAUAAUGAAUCAUUUGGGGAUUGCAGGGAAUUGUGGCUGUUGGAAAAGUCUUCAACUUAUAAAUAGAAAAAUAAAUUAUAUCUGAUAUUUCUCUGUUUAGUGUUUAGAUAUUUUUGUUCCUAUGAAGGCUGUCAAGUGUUCCUACAAGUUCCCAAUUUGGUUCUCAAUAAAACUUAAAGAUCUUAUUAUUCAA